AUAACUUCCUCCAUCAUUUCCAUACAACAUUUUCUCUCUCUUAGGGUUUCCAAUUUCAAUUUUAAUAUCUAAUCUCAACAACAAAUGGCGACUGAUGGAACCAACGGCGCGGCAGUUACUACCGGUGACAACAACGGCGCUGCUGAGAAGACGGUGACGUUCACGGCCGUGAAGCCACAGGUGUUUGUUGAAGCGUCCAAGGCAAACGACGCCGUUUCGUUCUACAAAGCUGCGUUUGGUGCUGAGGAGGUGAAUCGUGUUACUAAUCCGAAACGAAAGGCUGACCAGGAGCUUCCGGUUCUCGUCUCUGCUGAAAUCAAACUCGCUGGCUCUUCUUUCAUCGUUUCUGAUCUCUCUGAUGAUUCAUCAGCUCUUGUGAAAACGGUGAGCAGUGGGCUAGUGUUCUGUUUGGAAACUGAGGACAUUGAAGGUGCUGUGGAGAAAGCAAUUAAGGCUGGUGCGGUUGCUGAAGGUGAAAUAACUGAGGCUGAAGGUGAUGGCGCGUAUUGUGGUGGGCGCGUGGGGAAGGUGAAGGACCCUUAUGGCAUUGUUUGGGCUAUCUGCACCCCUACCCCUACUGCUAAGAGGUCUGCUACUAACGUGGAAGCUUAGAGAGCGUUGAUCCUCUUCCGUUUCAUCUUGAUGAAUGGUCUCCUUUUAUCUUUCUUUUAGUAGGCUUUUUUCAUUUUCCCUUUUUUAAUAUUUCAAUUAAACACCUCAUUUUACAGUAAAUGAUGGAUGGAUGGAUAUCAGUACUUGUGGUGUUAAUUGGUAUUUUGAGAUCUUUAAUGAUGGAUGAAUUAAUGGAUGGAUUAUGAACCUUAUUAGAUAUUAUUAUGCUAAUCUUGGCUUUUUAGCUA